AGCAGUACAGGUCAGGAAGCAUCCACUUCCGGAAGUGGAGCUGUUGUCACACUGUUUAACGUUCAUACUCGGCGAUGUGACAUAUGGCUCUCUAAUUGAUAAAGAAACGUGUCAGCCUUAGUUAUGAACCGUACUUGAAGCGACAUGACGACAGCUAGUGAAGCGUGACAAAAUAAGCGCCGAUGGAGACGCCACAUGGCCGGUAUAACAUACAGGCUAAGGAGCUUAGCCGCCGUGUUAUGAUGGCGACGGUGCGCUGGAUGAAGAUGCUCACAGCAGUGUGGUUUUAGCGCUGUCAUGGUCACUGCUGCCAUCUAGAGUGAAGAAGGCGUACUUGCAGCAAUGAAGAGGGUGACGGCGGUCACAGCUGGCUGGUAGUUUGGAACUCAAAGAAGCCAUGGGAGGCGACGAAAGGGAGGAGAGUUGUGAUGGCAGUCUCUAUGAGGACCAGGACUUCCCCUCCGAUGACUCGUCAGUGUUCUGUGACAGGUCCACACCCAUCUCCAGGCUGCAAGGACACAUUACCUGGCUGCGUCCACAGGAGAUCUGCCAAUCACCGGUGUUCUUCCCUGACAACAUCUACCAAAGUCAUGCCAAACAAGGUUUACUGGGAGACUGCUGGUUUUUGUGUGCUUGCUCCAUGCUGAUCAGGAACAAACAUCUUCUGGACAAAGUCUUUCCUGCCCAGCAACCUCUGUGGAGUGACAGCGGCUACCGCGGCUCCUUUCACUUUAACUUUUGGCAAAAUGGACUCUGGACUGAGGUCACCAUCGAUGACCGCCUGCCUUGUGUUGACUCCGCUCUGUGCUUCUCACACUGCAAUGGCCCCUCUGCAUUCUGGGUGGCUCUGCUGGAGAAGGCAUAUGCCAAACUUCGUGGCUCGUACGAACAACUAUGGGCGGGGCAGGUGUCCGAAGCCUUAGUGGACUUGACUGGGGGUCUUGCAGAGAGCUGGACCCUGUCCGGCAUCAGUUCAGAAGAGGAAGAGAAACAAAAAGAGAGUCACAGUCAGGCCAGGAUGAGCAGAAAGCUGGACCUGGAUCUUAUGUACCCAAUGAGAGCUUUUUGCGUACUCUGUUGCUCCACUCAGCACAUCCUUGGAGGAGGAGAGGAGGUGGGUCAGCAGCACCAUGCCAUGGCUGUGAUGGAGUGGUUGGAUGUGAAGUCAGUAGCAGGGAGCAGCAGAGUGAGACUGUUCAGGAUCAGAAACCCCUGGGGGAGGUGCUGCUGGGGAGGAGCUUGGACGGAAGGUGGAGCAGGAUGGCGCACCCUUGACUCAUCUGAGGCUUUGGCUCUCCAAGCCAGGGUGUCACAGGGCGAGUUCUGGUUGGAUGAGACGGAAUUCCUGUCCCAGUUUGAUGAUGUCACCAUCGGCUACCCUAUCAGUGAGGAGGGGAACCUGCUAAGCAUCUAUACUGGAAACGCGCUACCUUACUGCUAUCAGCUCCCUGGCCGCUGGGUGAAGGGCCUUUCCUGUGGUGGAAGUCGAAACAGCCGGGGCUACCUCGAUAACCCCAAGUUCUGGCUGAAGAUGUGCAACAGAGGAGAGGUUCUUAUCUCCCUUCUGCAGUACAGAAAGUGGAAAAAAAUGGAGGACCAAUUGGCGGACAGACGUUCCGGGAACGACAUGAGACCCCAGCACUACCACGCCAUUGCAUUACACAUGUGGAAGGUGGAGAAGAAGCGUUUUAAUCUGAACCGUACUGUAAACAAGCCUCCAUGUGCUUCAACCCACUGCCACGCCCACCAGAGAGAGGUGGUCUUGCAUGGGCAGCUGGAUCCCGGGCACUACCUUCUCAUCCCCAGCUCCUACCAGCUGGGAGCAGAGGGCAGCUUCCUCAUCAGGGUCUUCUCUUCGUCUGCUUCCUCCCUCAGUGCCUUGAAGAGCCUAGCACCUUCCCUGCCAUCAACCACAGAAGGAGAGUGGGAGACAACUUAUUUCCAGGGCUCGUGGACAAAGGGAAGCUCUGCCGGGGGAAGCAGGAACUUCAGUUCUCACCAACAGAACCCUUGCUUCCCUUUUACGAUUUAUGAUGAGCCUGCAGCUAUGGCGGGCGCCAACGUCAAUGUUACCCUGAGCCAGAUCUGCAAUGACGCCGACCUGCACCCUAUCGGCUUUCAUAUUUAUAAGGUACCAGCAGGGGAACUCAGUCAGACCAUCCCCAGUGAGGAUCCAGUCGCCAGCUGUGUUCCUCACUGCUACACUCAGGAUGUCACUAUGGCCUGCUCUCUUCCAGCCAGAGCUUACCUCAUCGUACCGUCCACGUACGAGCCUAACUGCACCGGAGCCUUCACCAUCUGCCUUGCUCGCAGAAUACAGAGGAGAGUUGUAAAAAGCCAGGAGAAGCUGGGAAGAACCAUUCAGGAGGUGACUCACAUCUCUGUGAUGCAAAGCCAGCUCUCUUGAAGUCGGCACAGGAUGUGGAGCAGUGGGAAUGUGUGUGUCCGCUGGAACUUCCCUUUAUCCAGAACUGCUGAGGCUCAGGGCUGGAUGGGCAACAGCCCCACUCAUUGGCCAUUAAGACAUCAGAGACUGUCGGUGGGCUGGGCUGCUAAUGAACUAUGACUGGACCGGCCGGUGUAAACAAACAGCCGCCAUUGAAGAGGCCGCCACCGCUGUUUGCUCAUUCGGUCGCUGAUGUGCUUGCCGAAGCAGAACAAAGGGUCCUCUCAUGAAGGUCCUCACAGAAGCGGGCAAGGGGUGAGUGGUUGGUCUGUCGUGAGCGCUGAGCCAACCAAACUUUACCAGGACACACCGAAUAGUCUACCAAUCUGCUUAUUCAACUUUUUCAACAGACAUCUUGUCACCAUCCUCAGAGCACCCUUCAGACCACCACUCUGACCUGAACCCAGCCUCCGAUACCGCCCCUGAGCGGCAGGAUGCAAGCGAUGAAACGAGGGCUGCGGCACAUCAGAGGAGGUCGGCCCGUGUGAAGAGAGUGCCAGUUGGUUUUUUGUUGUUUGCCUCCUGUUCAUCCACCAUAACUGUGUGCUAAAAUGAAAGCUUUCUGAUGACCGAAUCACUUGGGGGCAGCCAAAGAAUAUAGGAAAAGUGACGUUUUCUAUGUUUUACGUCUGGAAUAAGAGCAGUAUUAACAUAUUUAAAUAGUGACGUGUAUGAUGUUGUUACCUCUAUUCACCACCAGAGUGGAUGGGAAAUAAAACAAGAUGUGAUUGGA